GCAGGUCAAACAGUGACCGCUCGAGGGCAGCAGAGCUCCUCGGUGACUUCCGGUAGCUGCGUGACGGAUGCGGAAGCGGUGAGCGGCGUCACGUCCGUUAGUUUCAGCUGUGCGCGGUCUGCUGUGUUUAUUGAUGCUUCGGUCCAAACUCUUCAGAGAGCGUUCACAGAAGCGCCUCCAGAAUGACGUCUGUGGUGAGCGACACGGCCGAAGCGGUGGACCUGUGUCCCGAGCUCAGUCUCUAUCUCAAGCCCAUCUCCAGGAUCACGGUCAGCGUGGCUCUGCCGCACCUCAAGACGCCCGGUAAGUCUAUCUCUAACUGGGAGGUGAUGGAGCGGCUGAAGGGCAUGGUGCACCCGGAGACGUUCUCCUCGCUGCGCAUCUCCAAGAGCUCCAUGGACUUCCUGCGCUUCGAGGGCGAGGUGGAGAACCGGAGCGCCGUCAAGCGCUCGCUGGCCAAGCUGGAGGGCAAGAGCAUCAAGCUGAGCGGCUUCACCGACGUCCUGAAGAUCCGCGCCGUCGAGCACAAGACUGACUUCCCCACGCGCCACGACUGGGACUCCUUCUUCAGAGACGCCAAGGACAUGAACGAGACGGUCCCUGGAGAGAGACCCGACACCAUUCAUCUGGAGGGACUCCCGUGCAAGUGGUUCUCUGCCAAGGACGGCGCUCCCGACAGACCCUCGGAGGCCGUGCUCCGGACCGUGUUCCAGCGCUUCGGGAAGAUCAGGAACGUGGACAUCCCCAUGCUGGACCCGUACCGAGAGGAGAUGACCGGGAAGAACUUCAACACCUUCUCGUUCGGAGGACACCUGAACUUCGAGGGCUUCGUUCAGUAUCAGGAUCACACGGGAUUCGUCAGGGCCAUGGACUCGCUCCGGGGAAUGAAGCUCAUGUUCAAGGGAGACGACGGGAAGGCCGUGGCCUGCAGCAUCAAGGUGACGUUUGACACGACUAAACACCUGAGUGAGUCGUCUCUGAAGAAGCGUCAGCAGGAGCGAGUGAAGCUGCAGGAGCUGGAGAAACAGAGAGAGGAGCAGAAACGCCGAGAGAAGGAGGAAGAGGAGCGCCGCAGGGAGGACGAGAGGAGGCAGCGCGAGCAGGAGGAGGAGGAGAAGGAGAGGAGGAGAGAGGAGAAAGUGCGCAAGCGAGAGCAGAAGCUGAAGGAGAAGGAGGAGAAGAAGACACAGAAGAAGCUGAAGAAGCAGCAGGAGGAGGAGCAGAAGAAGCUCCAGCUGAAGAUCUCCACAGAGGAGCGUAAACUACUGCUGGCUCAGAGGAACCUGGAGUCCAUCCGUCUGAUCGCUGAGCUGCUCAGCAGAGCCAAGAGGCUGAAGGAGCAGCAGCAGCAGGAGCGCAGACGUCUGGAGGAGCGCAGACAGCUGCAGGAGGAAGAGCUGCGCCGCGUGGAGGCAGAGAAAGAGCGAACGCUGGAGCUGCAGAGGAAAGAGCGCCAGCUGAGAGACAAACUGCUGGGAAACCUGCUGAAGAAGAGCACCAGCGCUGACGCCGUCCACCUGGACCUGCAGAUCUGUGCCACGCAGACGGAAAGCCUGCGCAAAGAGCCCAGAGAAGCUACGAAGCAGGAGAAGCGGAAAGAGAGCGACGCAGACGGCGGCAGACGUGAACACAGACGGAGCAGACGCAGACGCAGCAGGACACACAGCCGGAGCCGGAGCCGGAGCCGGAGCCGCAGACGCUCACAUCACCGGUCCAGACGACACUGAGAGAGCCACCUCAUCACACACAGGUCACAGUCAGCCCAGAAUACAUCACGAAACACAAACUGAGUUCUGUGUAGAGAAAGAGAGGCCUCAUUUAGGACCAUUAAGUUUUUCUCCUGCAAAUUGUUUUCGUAAGGAAUGUGAAGCCUGUUUUACAAGCCUUUAUUUUAUUUUAUUCAGCGAAUUGCAUCGCCUUUAUCAGAAUUAGUUUUUUUUUUUUUUUUAUUAAUUAAAAAUUAACAUUUCAUUUUUUCGUUUUUCUUUUUCUCUUUUUUUUUUCUCCAGCAAAUGGUGUUGCCUGUUUAAGGAGUAAAGAUUUUCUUUUUUUCAAUGUUUACAUUUUUAUUUAUUCAGAAUUAUUUGUAGAAAAGAAAAAAAAAUUUUUUUAUUUUAUUUUACUUUUUUAAUCAUAAAGAUUUUUAAUUUCAUCAUUAAUUUUUUAGGUUAUUUAGGGUUUAUUUAUGGUUACUUCACUUCAAAUUCUCAGUAUAAUUUCUGUAAUGCAUUCAUAAGUCUUGCCUUUGAAUUAGUUUGUCUCAUUAGUUUUUUUUUUUUUUUUUUUACAAAAUUUUACUAAAAUUAAUUGUACAAAAAUAUAUAGCAUGAUGUAUAAAUGCCUUACUUUUGAAAUAACUUGAGAAUCAGAAAUGUUCACUUCAUGAUAAUAGAUCUGUAGGUUAAAACAUGCUUAAUUUUCAAGAAAUAAUGUCAAAACAGUCCCUAAAUCCAGGCCUCGUGUGAUGUGAUCUCGUCUGACUCUGAGGUGAAAGGUGAAGUAUGAGGAGGAGGAUCUGAUGAUGGUGUUUCUCCUGACCGUGUUUCUGCACAGUUAUGAGUUAUGGUUUAGUUUCAGAUUCACAGACUGAGCUGUGUCCGAGUCUGUGCUGAAGAUCUGUGUUACUCUUCUCUGUAGACUACAAUCCUUGGUUCUUGACUUGAAUUUUCAGUUGUAGAAAGUGUAAUGAGAGUUACUGUAAUGUUUAUUCAGUGUGGUUUGUGUAGGAAUAGAAGGUUUUAACAGGAAUCCACACACACAAGAGCAGUGUUGAGAUGAAAGCACAUGUUUGAAGAUGUCUGUCACUCUAUGAUCUCAAUAAAGCAGUGCUUUGAUCCAUC